AUGCGAGAGAACCGAGCGAAACACAAGUUGGAACGGGGCGAGACCGUCGUCUGCCUCUCCGGGAACAACUCGACAGACAUGAUCGAUCAGCUGGGACCACUGGGGUUCGACGCGAUCUGGCUUGAAGGGGAGCACGGCCCGGUGGAUUUCGGCGACAUCCCCGACCUGACGCGGGCCUGCGACCUGUGGGGCAUGACAUCGGUGGUGCGGGUCAACCAGAACAAUGAAGGGAUUAUCUACCGCACGUUCGACUUGGGGGCGCAAGGGCUGGUCGUCCCUCAUGUCAAUACGGUCGAAGAGGCCAAGGCGGUGGUCGACGCGGCCAAGUUCCAUCCUGCCGGCAGGCGGGGCAUGUACACGAGCCGCCAGGGAUACGGCGUCCCGGACUAUGUACACCGGGCCAACGACGAGACGCUGGUCGUUGUCCUGAUCGAAGACAUCAUUGCGAUCAACAACCUGGCUGAGAUUCUGACCGUCGAUCAUAUAGACGUUUCUUCGUCGCGCCCAGCGACCUGGCGCAGACGAUGGGGCAUCUGGGCAAUACGGACCACCCCGAUGUUGUAG